AUGGAGGGCAUAUUCAACGAUAUCAGAUCCAUGGAACACCAUCUGAAUCUAACCAAAGCUCACCCAGGUUCUCCCGGAAAACGAAGCUCCAAGCCGACUGCCAGCUUGCCCAAUGACUUGAUUUAUUGUCCGCAAUUACCACAG